AUGUUGGCUAAAUCAUCAGCUCUCUCUCUGCUCAUUGCAGGCGGCCGCGCUGCUGACCUGACAAACCUUCCAGUUCUUCUCUCAAACAUCUCCGCGAGUUUAUACCCAGACCUCCGUCAAAUCUCCCAAAAUGUCUGGAACAACCCUGAGAUUGGACUUUCCGAGCACUAUGCCCACGACCAGGUUGUCAACUACUACACAACGACAAAGCCGGGACAAUGGACUGUGACACCUCAUUCUUUUGGCAUGCCUACCGCAUGGACUCUCGAGUUUGAGAACCGGCCGGCUGGCACGCCUGCAGAUGCGGACCUACCUACCAUUGGCUUCAUGGCUGAAUAUGAUGCCUUGGUAGACAUCCACCAUGCCUGUGGCCACAACCACAUUCUGCUCGUUGCGCUGGGCAUGGCCAAUUUUGCCCGCCAGGCCGCAAUCGAUCUCGGCCUCCCAGCUCGUCUCAUCGUCCAGGGCACGCCAGAUGAAGAGAACGCAGCCGGAAAGCACACUCUGUUGGAAGCUGGCGCCUUUGACAGCUCUCCUAUCUGGCUUUUUGGCCAUCCUGCCAACGCCAACGGCAUUGUGCCCAUGAAUGCUCGUCUCAAUGUCAUUGCUCAGUUCAUCGAGAGCUCCCAUGCUGCUGCCGUGAAGAGCGCAUACUCAGGCAUGCUUGCAGUAAGAGACCUUGAUUCAGCAGGAAAAUGGCCCGGAACUAGUUCCACUGCCACUCCCGUGGAGGAUAUCUUCAACUCCGAGUGCAACGUGGUCCAAGGAGCUAUUUCUUUUGGUCUUGAGGGCCCUUCUCUGUCUGCUGUCCAGAGCUCAGUCAACGCCUUGCUGGCUACCGGAACUUACCCAAGUGUCAGCUGCUCCGUCCUGAAUGACGCCAAUGUCGCGACUGGCGUCAAUGUCACCUGUCUCGGACCAAGUGGACAUGCCUCUGCUGAUACAAACGGCCCCUUGGUUCUUGCUAUCGAGCUGUUCCGAACCUACUCCACCACCGCAUCCAACUCGUUCUUCCUCCCAGGAAACAUGACCUCCAGUGAAUUGGACGUUACAUUUGACCUCCGAACUCGCUGGACUGCAGACCUAGAUGCUGUUGCCGCCGCCGUCGAGGCCGCUAUCGCUCCCACCGUCAAGAAGACUUCCACCGACGUCGCCUACCCAUCCUUCGAGGUCCCCACCCAAGACCUUGCCCAGGAGGUGAUCAGACUCGUGGAGCUGCCCGCUUACGGAUCCCAGAAUGACUGGAUUCUCAGCCCUGCUUCCGCAGCCAGCACCGACGCCAGCUGGGCGCAAGGAAACGUCAUCGACCCGACCACUCACGCAGUAACCAGCGCCGACAGAGUUGUCCUCAUGCCCUUCUGGAAUCUCUGCGAAAAGGGCGGCAUCUGUGCCUUCAACCACGAGGCAGCUUACGCGGCCGUUGCGAACACGCCCUACUCGUACCAGCAGACCGAGAUUAUGUCGAGAGUCAUGGCUCAUCUGACUAUUGAGCUGCUGAACAACUCGACUAUGUUGGCGAAUGCCUUGUCUAUUACCAAGGCUUAA